UUAUCAUUAUAUUACUUUCAUCAUCAUCAUCAUUAAGGAGACAAAAAGGGUCUACUGAGGAGGAGGAGGAGGAGGAGGAAAAGAAAGGCGAGAAGGAUAUUAUUAUUAUUAUUAUUAUUAUUAUUUACAUCUGAACCGGCUGUUGAGGAGGAGGAAGAAGAGAAGGACGAGAAGGAUUAUUAUUGUAAUAUUAUCAUUAUAUUACUUUCUUCAUCAUCAUCAUUAAGGAGACAAAAAGGGUCUACUGAGGAGGAGGAAAAGAGAGGCGAGAAGGAUCUUAUUAUUAUUAUUAUUAUUAUUAUUAUUAUUAUUAUUAUUAUUUACAUCUGAACCGGCUGUUGAGGAGGAGGAAGAAGAGAAGGACGAGAAGGAUUAUUAUUGUAAUAUUAUCAUUAUAUUACUUUCUUCAUCAUCAUCAUUAAGGAGACAAAAAGGGUCUACUGAGGAGGAGGAAAAGAAAGGCGAGAAGGAUCUUAUUAUUAUUAUUAUUAUUAUUAUUAUUAUUAUUUACAUCUGAACCGGCUGUUGAGGAAGAGGAGGAAGAAGAGAAAGACGAGAAGGAUUAUAUUCUCAUUUACAUCUCAAUGGAAACUCACAGCAGCUAUUGAGGAGGAGGAAGAGGAGGAUUAUUUCGUUAUUAUUAUUAUUUACAUCUCAGUGGAGACACAGCAGCAAUCCAGGAGGAAGAAGAGAAGGGUCGCCCUAUCUCUCCAAGGGAAUGAUCAUCAUCCUCAUCAUCAUCUCGAUGGGGACACAAAGCGGCUAUUGAGGAGGAAGAGGAAGACCUCCAGUGGAGACCCCUUGAGCUGCCCACCUCCCUUGUCAUGCUCCUGAGGCUCUGAGCCCCCUCCCCAAUGCCAAGAGGAAGAGGAAGAGGAAGAGGAAGAGGAGGAAGGCCUUCAGCACCCUCACUCUGCUCUUGACCUCUGUGCCCCCAAUGCCAGGAGGAGGAAGAGGAGGAGGAGGAAGGCCUUCAGGACCAGCAUUCCUAAGGCUCUAGGUCAGGAGGAAGAGGACGAGGGGGGGUCUCUGUCACUGGGGGGUCCCGAUGGGUGGUGGGGGGCAGAGGCCCUCCCCGCCCCCCUCCCCGCCCUCCCCCUCCCCCCUGCUGCUGCGCUGGAGCGAGGUGCCCCCCUCGGUGACGGAGAGCUUCAUCCUGAGCGGCUACCGCUGCCCGGGCUACUCCUUGUCCCAGUGCCUGGCCUCCGCCUUCCGGCCCACCAACGAGACGGGCAACUUCUGGACCCACUUCCUGGCCGUCUUCGUCUUCGCCUUCCGCUUCGGGGAGCUCUUCUGGGGGGCCGAGGGGCCCGGGGCCGAGGGGGCGGCCGACCCCUUCUACUACCCGCUCUGGAGCUACUUCCUGGGGGUCUGCGGCCUGCUCCUGGCCAGCAGCCUGGCCCACCUGCUCAACUCCAUGUCGCUGGUCAUCCGCGAGGUCUGCUUCUACAUUGACUACGGCACCAUCAGCGCCUACACCGUGGGCUCCUCCUUGGCCUACUUCUACUACAUCUAUCCCCGUGGUGGAGGAGCAGCCGCAGAGACAGCCAUCCCCGCCAACCUCUCCUUGGCCCCAGGGUCGGAGGAGCGGGGUCAUGCCCCGGGGUCUCGCCCCUGGUUGGAGACCCUCUACGUGCCCAGCGCCUGCCUCAUUGCGCUCUUCUGCACCUUGGCCUGCUGCUGCACACGGCGCCUCUGGCCGCGCCACCGCUACCUGAUCCGCACCUUGGUCUUCCUGCUGCCCUUCCUGGUGGUCUCGCUGCCCGUCUUCCACAAGCUGUGGCAUUCGGGGGCCGCCACGGGGCCCACUGGACACUUCUUCCUGCGCCACUGUGCCUGGCUGUUGGCCUCGGGGGUCUUCAACGUCAGCAAGCUCCCCGAGCGCCUCAGCCCCGGCCGGUUCGACAUCUGGGGCCACAGCCACCAGUGGUUCCACUGCUGCACCUUCAUGAGCAUCCUGGACGAGCUGCACAUGAUCCGAGGGGAGAUCCGGGAGGUGGGACGCGGUCACAACGGGGUGGGGACCCCCACCUUCCUCUCCACGUUCGGGGUCAUGCUCCUUCUGCUGGCCCUCCUGGCCGCCCUCGUGACGUGGUUCGGGGUCCGAGAGAGCCACCGGCAGAAGGGGUCCGCUGGGAAGGAGGCCUAGGCUUGACGUGGGACCUGAAAUAUCUGAAAAGAUAUCACACUGAGAAAUGGGCAAGGGUUGCAUUCUGCUGCUCUGGAGACUGGGAAGAAGGCCUAGCCAGGAGGCAAGGCUUGAUAUCACACUGAGAAAUGGGCAAGGGUUGCAUUCUGUUGCUCUGGAGACUGGGAAGAAGGCCUGGCCAGAAGGCAAGGCUUGACGCCGGACCAGAAACAUCUGAGAAAUGGGCAAGGGUUGCAUUCUGCUGCUCUGGAGACUGGGAAGAAGGCCUGGCCAGGAGGCAAGGCUUGAUGCCAGACCAGAAACAUCUGAGAAAUGGGCAAGGGUUGUAUUCUGCUACUCUGGAGACUGGGAAGAAGGCCUAGCCAGGAGGCAAGGCUUGACGCCAGACCAGAAACAUCUGAAAAGAUAUCACACUGAGAAAUGGGCAAGGGUUGCAUUCUGUUGCUCUGGAGACUGGGAAGAAGGCCUAGCCAGGAGGCAAGGCUUGACGCCAGACCAGAAACAUCUGAAAAGAUAUCACACUGAGAAAUGGGCAAGGGUUGCAUUCUGUUGCUCUGGAGACUGGGAAGAAGGCCUGGCUAGGAGGCAAGGCUUGACGCCAGACCAGAAACAUCUGAAAAGAUAUCUCACUGAGAAAUGGGCAAGGGUUGCAUUCUGUUGCUCUGGAGACUGGGAAGAAGGCCUGGCUAGGAGGCAAGGCUUGACGCCAGACCAGAAACAUCUGAAAAGAUAUCACACUGAGAAAUGGGCAAGGGUUGCAUUCUGCUGCUCUGGAGACUGGGAAGAAGGCCUGGCUAGGAGGCAAGGCUUGACGCCAGACCAGAAACAUCUGAAAAGAUAUCACACUGAGAAAUGGGCAAGGGUUGCAUUCUGUUGCUCUGGAGACUGGGAAGAAGGCCUGGAAACUGAGACAACAAAGCCACGGACACAAAGAGACAUUAGGAAGAACUUCCCACUGGUAAGAGCGGCUACGCCAAUGGGUUGGUGUCUCCUUCCCUGGGUUAGACUGGAUGUCCUCUAGGGUCUCUUCCCACCCUACGAUCCCUCCAGACUGAGCCAGACUGCAGACUCUUCCCUCCUGCUGGCUGGGGAUGAUGGGAUUGGCAACCAAAGAUGGACAUGGGACUGAAUACAGGUGGGGCCCACUUCCACCUACCUAUACAAGGCACCUGUGUUUGGAUGUAACUUUGGGACAUGGGGGCAAAGGGGGAAUGGGAAACCACGCAGGCAUGGGCCAACUUCGGCCCUCCUCCGGGUGUUUUGGACUUCAACUCUCGCCAUUCCUAACAGCCGGUAGGCUGUUAGGAAUGGCGAGAGUUGAAGUCCAAAACACCCGGAGGAGGGCCGAAGUUGGCCCAUGCCUGAGGCGAUGAAUCUCCCAGCAGCCAUGCAAAUACACAGACUAUAUUUGAAAGGCAGAGAUUGCAAAGGCCGUGGUGGUUUAUUUUUUCCGAGAGGCAAAUUUCAGGAAUUUGAAUGUGGAAAAUGGCGAGGGAGGGAGGGAGGGAGGGGAGGUUUCCACGGUGGGACGAUGGGGAUGGUAAUCAAACGGUUUUGCAUCCAAGGGGGACCUUGACCACGGCUCCUUCCCACAUUUGUUCAGAGAUUUUACUCUCCCUCCCUCCCUCCCUUAGGAAGCCCCCUGACCCAAUUCCCAGCGCUGCCCGGCUAUCUGCAUGAGCUGCUUGCAUCUCAAACCGCUCCAAAAUAGGCAAGGAGAGGGAGUAAAAAUAGGUCGCAUGGAAACACUGCCUCCUCCUUGGAGGUCACUUGGUUCUGGUAUGGGGCCUUUCUUCCUGCCAAUGUGGGCAGAGGGGCUGCUCCUGUCUCCAAUCCCUGACACCCCCUCCUCCUUUCACUGCCCAUUGCACCCCUGCGAGGGAGAGAGAGGAACCUGGUCAGCCUGCCAGGCCGGCUUUGCGGCUGACUGACCAGUCCACCUGCUUCCCUCCGGCCCUCUCACCUCUACCCCGGAUUCUGCCUCUACCCCGCAGCCCCGUUUGCCCCUCUCUCAGCCAUAUACGGGGUCGGCCUUCAAUAAGGCCGGCCAGAUUGUGCUUCCCUGCUCUCAUUGAUUGAUCGAUCGAUCAAUGGAUCCUCCCCAGAGGCACAAGGCUUUAUCGGCCUCUCUGGCCUUCCUAUCUGUUGGGAAUCUAUGAGCGGUUAGACUCAAAUAUUAACCCUCUUUCGGGGGUGAUUCCUCAAAAAUACAGCAGAGUCUCACUUAUCCAAGCUAAACGGGCCGGCAGAAGCUUGGAUAAGCGAAUAUCUUGGAUAAUAAGGAGGGAUUAAGGAAAAAGCCUAUUCAACAUCAAAUUAGGUUAUGAUUUUACAAAUUAAGCAUCAAAACAUCAUUUGACAGAAAAAGUAGUUCAAUAUGCAGUAAUGUUAUGUUGUAAUUACUGUAUUUACGAAUUUAGCACCAAAAUAUCACGAUAUAUUGAAAACAUUGACUACAAAAAUGGCUUGGAUAAUCCAGAGGCUUAGAUAAGCAAGGCUUGGAUAAGUGAGACUCUACUGUACAACAGAGUGGCAGAACCACGAUUCAUAAGCAGGAGAAAGUUAUGUGAGGUGAGUUUGGGGAAGCCUUUGUUCCUGAGGAUGGCAAAGGAUUGCAAAGUCUCCUUGAAAGUUCAAAAGGCAUUUAUUGAGAUAAAAAGAAAUCCAUUGUGGAUAGAGCUAACUAGCUCUCUAAGGAAGGUAAGCAGGUAAAAAUAACAAAGGUAUCUAAAUAGCUACAUUUUGCCAGGAGAGUGGGCAAAAUGUGUCCUUCUUAGAGUGAAGACAAAGGAAGAAAAGAUAUGGCUACUGACAGCAUGGUCCGAGCCUUUUGGGGCAAUAAACAUUCCCAUAUAGAUAGAGGAAGUUACCUCAUCCCUGAAAUUGCUAAAACAACAAGGUGAGGGGAGUGGAUGUAAACGGGAAAGCAACAGAGGGAAAUCAACAAAGGCCUAUCUAGACAUGCAUGGAAUAUAGAGAGAGGUUUCCUUCAUUCUAACCUAUUCAGUAUAUAGCUAAUAGAUUUUUUUUUCGUGUCAGGAGCAACCUGAGUUGCUUCUGGUGUGAGAGAAUUGGCUGUCUGCAAGGAUGUUGCCCAAGGGAUGCCCGGAUGUUUUUGAUAUUUUACCAUCCUGGUGGGAGGCUUCUUUCAUGUCCCCGCAUGGAGUUGGAGCUGAGAGAGGGAGCUCAUCCGCGCUCUCCCCAGGUGGGAUUCGAACCUGGCAGCCUUCAGGUCAGCAACCCAACCUUCAAGUCACAAGGCUUUUAUCCCCUAGGCUAAUAGAUGAGACUUGUGUAGUCCAGGAUGAUAUCCAACAAUAUCAUAUCAGUGCUCUUACCAUUUCCAGCCAUUUCUUGAAUAGGAUCAGAACCCAGCACUGGGAACGUUGCGGUGGAGUAUUAAGUCCUGAACACCCACCAGUAGAUUAAUUAAUGGCCCUAAAUGUCAGAUCCGGUCUGACUUUGGAGACUGGAUAGACAGGGGGGCCACCAAGGCUCUAUUUCCGGGGAAGGAACAGACAAAACCAUUUCUGGCCCAAGUCAAUCCUCUCAAACUUAUACAUCCACAAAGGCAAUGCACACAUUAAUAUCAACCUAGUAAUUUGCAAUCUCAAGACAAGGACCCCAGAGUUGCCAUUCAACACUUUUAAUACUUUAAGCCUUGAUAGGAGACAGGGGCACUAAAUCAGAGGGGAGGUGUUACAUCACUGCUGUAGUUGUUGUUGUUCUGUAUGAGGAUCAGGAAACGCAGGUGGGCUGUGGGCCCUGUUCAGGUCAAGGCCAGAAGAAGACCCAUCUGGGAUGCACAUAGAACAGGCACGGGCCAACUUCGGCCUUCCCUCCAGGCAUUCUGGAAUCCAACUCCUACCGGCUGUUAGGAAUUGUGGGAGUUGAAGUCCAAAACACCGAGAGGGAGGGCCCAAGUUGGCCCAUGCCUGACAUAGAAGGUCAUAGCUUGGUUUCCCAGGAGGACCUCCCUUGCAAGAGUCCCCAAGCUGGUUUGUUUAGCUAGAAGGACCAAGGCUCUGGCCUGGGAUGAGGCACAUGAGACCAGUUUGCAAUCGUGCCUCAAGGCAAAGCUUUGGUUGCUGUUGUCAAAAGCAGAGCAGAGCCAGAAGGAACACCUGCCAUUCAUUCCCAUCACGGGUGGUCCCACUAGUUGGGAAUAAGAGAGGUUCUGUAGGUUUGUUAUUAAGCUGAAUAUGUAAGUCAGGACAGGUACAGAUUUUUAAAGUAUAACUCUUGCCAAAUAUAUUAUAUAGAUAUAGAUCGAUAGCUUUAGAUGGCAUAGGAAAGGAUGAACACCCCUGUGGAGUUUCCUUUGGUGUCUGUGCCCCUGUCCAGAAGAUUUUACCUCACUUUCUGUCCCUGUGAGAAUUGGAUUUUGGAAAAUUUGGCUUGUUGUGGACAUAAAUCUUCAUUGGAGACCCCUUUCCCCAUUAUAAUAACUAUUCCAGGAGUGGGUUUCCCUUCCUUCCGAGGGGAAGAUUCCUCUCACUUCCUAUGAGAGCUAUAGGUAAAGGUAAAGGUUUCCCCUGACGUUAAGUCCAGUCAUGUCUGACUCUGGGGGCUGGUGCUCAUCUCCAUUUCUAAGCCGAAGAACCAGCGUUGUCCGUAGACACCUCCAAGGUCAUGUGGCCAUGGGCAUGACUGCAUGGAGCGGCGUUACCUUCCCGCCGGAGCGGUGCCUAUUGAUCUACUCACAUUGGCAUGUUUUCGAACUGCUAGGUUGGCAGAAGCUGGAGCUAACAGCAGGCGCUCACUCUGCUCCCGGGAUUUGAACCUGGGACCUUUUGGUCUGGUAGUUCAGCAGCUCAGUGCUUUAACACACUUCGCCAUUGGGAGAUAUAUCAAUAUCUCUCAUAUGUUGUUUGUAGCAUAUACUGCCUCAAAGGCAUCCUCAGGGAAAGAUUUCUCUUCCUUUGGUGCCUUCCCUACUCAGGCCAACCAAGAGUUGGAGGCUCUGAAGUCUAGCCAUUCUCCUAUUGGCAUGACCAGCCCUCCCAAUGUCUGUACAGAGAGGGGAAGGGUCUUAUCUGGGUGCUGCCCAUAGGCAAUACACUAAGAGUGGGGCAGAGGAAGGCAGAAGAGGACCCAUAGUCCGACUCUAGUGAAUGCUAACCCUGUGUCCAGUUCUGGGCAAAGCAAUUGGAAGAGGAGAUGAUGGACAUGAGUGAAGGUGUCCAGAAAAGGGAGACCAUGAUGGUCCAAAGUCUAAGGCUCUAUCAAUCCCAAUGAGGAGUGUCCUAGGGAACCGGGAAGGUUCAACUUGGAGGAGGAGACUGAGGAAAGAUCUGAAAAAAGGUCCCAUUGAGGGAUGAAGGAGCAAGGCUUUGUUUUCCACUGCUUAAUAGACUAGGACGCAAUGGAGCCAUGGCUUCAAAUUGCAGGAAAAGCGAUUCCAGGUAAAUAUUAGGAAGAAAUUCCCCAUUGUAAGAAGUGUUCAGUGGUGGAAUAUGAGUUUGGUGGUGGAUUGGAUGACCCAUGGGGUCUGUUCCACUUCUAUGACUCUAAGGCAGGCAUGAGCAAACUUUAGCCCUCCUCCAGGUGUUUUGGACUGCAACUCCCACCAUUCCUAACAGCCUCAGGCCCCUUCCUUUUGCCCCUCCGCCGCUUAAGCGGCGGAGGGGCAAAAGGAAAGGGCCUGAGGCUGUUAGGAAUGGUGGGAGUUGCAGUCCAAAACAAUCCAAUCCAUGCUGCUCCUUUGCUGAAGGACGAAAGAUCCCCCAACUGUUAUCUUUACCCCUGGACAGUUAAUCAUUCAUUGACCCCAAGAGGAUGCUAACGAAGGCGGGUGAGGGAAGUGACCGCUGGUUGGAAGUGCCAGGACCAGCGGUCACCCAAUGGGCACCAAUGUUUACCCGCCGUCCCCUUGCCACGACCUGAGCGCCCCGUGUCCCACGGAGACCCCGGCGGGGCCCUUUGGUCACUUACCCUCCUGCCGCAGAGGGAGGCCGUGCGCAGCAGCGGUCUGUGCGUGUGGUUUAUUUACUCCCAAUUGUUCAGGGCGAAGUCUUCUCUAUUGGUUAAUCACGAUCCAUGAUGUGUGUGUGUACAGUAUAUGCAGGGGAAGUGGCGUGGGUUGUGGGUUGGGGGGGAAUCAGGCAAAAGGGGGGCGAGUUCCGCAGGCUAGCUGGAGGCCGGUGUUUCCCGGAGCUCCGCCGCCCGCUGGAUCAUGUCCAGGGCCUCCCAGAAGAAGUCCUUCUGGAAGGUCAUGAGGGGCAUGCUGCCCACGGCCUCCUUCAUCUUGGCCAUGCGCCCUUCCAGCGUGGGGCACUUGUGUAGCUGGCUCAGGUACUCCUCGCACGAACGGACCGCCUGCGCCUCCGUGUCGCUGGGCGGUUGUCCGGCUUUGCUGGCCGGGAGCUCCCGGAAGGCGGGCGCCUCAUCCACGUCGUGGCUGGACAGCAUGUAGAGGCACUCGCGGGUGGAGCAGAUGCGCCGGGCACAAGGCGGCACCUGCAAAGAGGACAGUGUUCAGGGACAAUAACAGGCAGCCCAAAGGUGCCAAAAUGCUACUGUAUUACAUUCAAUCAUAGAAAUGGAAGAGACCCCAAGGGGCUUCCAACCCACCACCAAACUCAAAGGCAAUCCCUCUUACUGUCGAUAAUAAUAAUAAUAAUAAUAAUAAUAAUAAUAAUAAUAAUAAGUAAAACAAGUACAGUAGAGUCUCACUUAUCCAACACUCGCUUAUCCAACAUUCUGGAUUAUCCAACGCUUUUUUGUAGUCAAUGUUUUCAAUACAUUGUGAUAUUUUGGUGCCAAGUUCGUAAAUACAGUAAUUUCUACAUAGCAUUACUGUGUAUUGAACUACUUUUUCUGUCAAAUUUGUUGUAUAACAUGAUGUUUUGGUGCUUUAUUUGUAAAAGCAUAACCUAAUUUGAUGUUUAAUAAGCUUUUCCUUAAUCCCUCCUUAUUAUCCAACAUAUUCGCUUAUCCAACGUUCUACCGGCCCGUUUAUGUUGGAUAAGUGAGACUCUACUGUAAUAACAAGUAAAACAAGUAAUAACAAGUAAAACAAGCAGUCAAAGAAGAAGAACAUGCCCUGGCAGAAUAUGUAAAACAAAGUGAAGAACCUGCUUUGAUUGAAGUCAAAAAUCAGAAACUCCUCAAAGCACAGCAGACAAAAAACCAGUACAAGAAAACCGCACUACAAACUAGAGCUGACAGCUGGCACAACAAAACACUGCAUGGAAAGUUCCUUGACAAAAUUGAAGGAAAAGCUGAUAAAGAGAAGACCUGGCUCUGGCUCACGAAUGGGACCCUGAAGAAGGAGACAGAAGGCCUGAUCCUUGCAGCCCAGGAGCAAGCCAUCAGAACAAAUGCAAUCAAGGCCAAGAUCGAAAAAUCAGCUGAUGACCCAAAGUGCAGACUGUGCAAGGAAACCGAUGAAACCAUUGAUCAUAUCCUCAGCUGCUGUAAGAAAAUUGCACAGACAGACUACAAACAGAGGCACAACUAUGUGGCCCAAAUGAUUCAUUGGAACCUAUGCCUCAAGUAUCACCUCCCUGCAGUUAAGAACUGGUGGGAUCACAAACCUGCAAAGGUUGUGGAAAAUGAACACGCAAAGAUACUGUGGGUCUUCCGAAUCCAGACUGACAAAGUUCUGGAACACAACACACCAGACAUCACAGUCGUGGAAAAGAACAAGGUUUGGAUCAUUGAUGUUGCCAUCCCAGGUGACAGUCGCAUUGAAGAAAAACAACAGGAAAAACUCAGCCGCUAUCAGGACCUCAAGAUUGAACUUCAAAGACUCUGGCAGAAACCAGUGCAGGUGGUCCCGGUGGUGAUGGGCACACUGGGUGCCGUGCCAAAAGAUCUCAGCCGGCAUUUGGAAACAAUAGACAUUGACAAAAUUACGAUCUGCCAACUGCAAAAGGCCACCUUACUGGGAUCUGCACGCAUCAUCCGAAAAUACAUCACACAGUCCUAGACACUUGGGAAGUGUUCGACUUGUGAUUUUGUGAAACGAAAUCCAGCAUAUCUAUCUUGUUUGCUGUGUCAUACAACGUCAUUGUGUCAAUAAUAAUAACUUUAUUUUUAUACCCCGCCUCUAUCUCCCCAAAGGGGACUCAGGGCAGCUUACAUGGGGCCAAGCCCAAAUAAAAACAAUAGCAAUAUAAAACACAACAAUAAACAAAAAAUGCACAAUUAUAAAAAUUUAAACAUUUAAAAAUUUAAACAUCAAUUCCUCAUCCUCAAGGAGAGACAUAAAAUGGGGAACAGACACUGCAUGGAAACCAGGAAGCCACCAAAGGUCACAAGGAAAGAGGUCAUAGCACAGGCAUGGGCAAACUUCGGCCCUCCCUCCAGGUGUUUUGGACUUACUCAUUUAUUUAUUUAUUUCCAAUAUUUAUAUCCCGCCCUUCUCACCCGAAGGGACUCAGGGCAGCUUACAACACUGGCACAAUUAGAUGCCUAUACAAAAUCAAUCCACAGUACAUAAAAUCAGUUAAAAACUAUUAAAUACAAUAUAAAAUUACAGUAUAUAAAUUUAAAAAAUAUGUAUGCUCAGAUCCAUUCGUCCGGUAACCUCGUGCUUUAUCCAUGAGUCAGUCCAUAUCAUCUUUAAUAAUAAUAAUAAUAAUAAUAAUAAUAAUAAUAAUAAUAACAACAACUUUAUUUUUUAUACCCCGCCUCUAUCUCCCCAAAGGGGACUCAGGGCGGCUUACAUGGGGCCAAGCCCGAAUAAAAACAAUAGCAAUAUAAAACACAACAAUAGACAAGAGACAUGCACAAUUAUAAAAAUUUAAACAUUAGCCAAUAAAAACAAAUGACAAGAACUAAUAAAAACAUGGAUUAAAACGGAGAGGUUGUAAAAGUAGAACUGGGUAAGGUGUACCAUAUAAAUAUUGUAAACACGAGGUGACUGAUAAAGUGCUGCAAAUUCUUGGAAGUGCAAAUUGGGAUGGCAAUAGACCCUGUGUCUUUAUCAAGUUGACAUAGGUAAAAAGUGCAAACCAGUACAGGUUUAUCGUUUAUUCAUUGAAAGCCUGGGCACAUAACCAUGUUUUUAGGGCUCUUCUAAAACCCAAAAGAGUUGGAACUUGUCUAAUAUUUCUGGGGAAGGUGUUCCACAGCCGAGGAGCCACCACCGAGAAGGCCCUGUCCCUCGUUCCCACCAGCCGCGCUUGCGAGGCAGGCAGGACUGAGAGCAGGGCCUCUGCAGAUGAUCUUAAGAAUCUUGCUGGCUCAUAGGAGGAGAUACAUUCGGACAAGUAGAUUGGGCCAGAACCAUUUAGGGCUUUAUAGGUCAAAACCAGCACUUUGAAUAGAGCUGGGUAGCAUAUUGGCAGCCAGUGGAGCUGGCUUAACAGGGGGGUAGUAUGCUCCCAGUUAUUAAUCUGGCUGCCGCCUGUUCAACUCCAACGAUUCCUAACAGCCUACCUGAACUGAGUGGUUUUCUACAGAUAAACUGACACGUAAUCACAGCAUUUUGCAAAAUGUUUUGCUUCAGGACUAGUUCAAAGGCUGGAGAGUUUGCUUAAGGCUGGACUUGCCCUCAUAAGCACACCAUCCACCCCACAUUCUGUUGCCCUUUGAAAAUGCCUGGAGUUACAAGAGGAGGAGGGCAACAGUCUGCUCGGUGGCCACAUCUUUGUCCUGUGGCCAUCAGGACCUGCCGCUGACCUCUAGUCGUUUCAUGUCAGGAGGAACAAAGGGAAGCUAAUAGUUGGGUGAGGAGGGGAUGAUAGGAGUGCGGAUCCAGAGGAUUCCCUGAAGGGAGGGGGAUCCUGAGUCAAAGGCAGACCCCGUCCAUGUCAGUGCCACACUCUCCAUGCCAGCCCCGCGCGCCUUCCUGGCAUGAUAGAAGCCCCCCCCCCCCCCUCCGCCUUGGGCUCACCUUGAUCUGCAGCCGGACGAAGGAGGCGCUGCCCUUGGGCCACCCGGGGAGGCGCCCCCCGGCCCCGCAGCCGCAGCCCAGAAGGUCCUUGCUGAAGUCCGCGCUUUGGCUCAGCACCAGCGUGUGGUUGAGGCCGCACCACAGGUCCACCGGGCACUUGAGGUAGUGCACCUGUGCGCAGGAAAAGGGGUGGUGAUGGGUGCGUUACAGGGAUCUCCCCAACACACUUUUCCAAUGCAAUUAUUGGUUCAUAGAAAUAAUGAACAAGGUUCAACGGAAUAAAGGCAAAGGGGAACUCCACAAACAUGGUGGCAAGGAGACUGGCUAACUGGCCUGGAGGAGGAGAGGUGGGUGAAAAAUAUAUUUGAUAUUAUUAUACGACAGGUUGUGGAGGAUACUGGGAAUUACUGUGCAUCUAGACCAGGGGUCCUCAAACUUUUUAAGCCGAGGGCCGGUCCACAAUCCUUCAGACUGUUGAGGGGCCAGAUUAUCAUUUGAAAAAAAACAAAAAACAAAAAAAACAAAUUCCGAUGCACACUGCACAUGUCUUAUUUGUAGUGCAAAUUUAAAAAUAAAAACAAUUUUAACCAA